AUGCCAGUCUCCGGCUCUACCACUACAUUACUGCAGAAGGAGAAGCGAGUAAAGCGACAGCACAACAAGACACGUUCCGGCUGUAUCACCUGUCGCCGGCGUCAUCUCAAAUGUGAUGAAGGACAACCUAACUGCAACAGAUGCCUUGACGGCCGUCGAAGAUGUGAAGGGUAUAACACCCCAAUUCCAUGGUUGUUUGAAUCGCAAAAUGUGAAAGCUACCAUGGUCUAUCAAUCAGCGAGUAAUCUCCGGACUGGUAAGACUCUUGACAGAAAAACGAAUGUUCCCCGGCAGACCUGGAAACAUACAGAUCAUCACACAAUCUGGCAAUGCAGGCCCGUAACAUCCAUCUACUCACUGAAUCAACCCUUAUCAAUUUAUGCAGAUUGGUCAGAGACGGAACGCUAUAAGUUGUGGCUUUAUCUGCAGCUCUCUCGUAGCACCCUUGAGGUAGCUGAUGCCGCUGAUGUUGGGCUAUUUUGCACCUUUUUACCGCAAGUCUGUUUACAAGUUCUCCCUAUGCGAUUCGCCAUCUUAAGUUUCGCGUCCUACAUCGGCAGCCUCAUCGAUCCAACUGAUGCAACUAGGCUCCAAGCCGACGCUGAGUUGCAGUACCGACAGGUUCUCAGGUCCGCUGCAACGGUACAAAGUCUAUCAUCGAGUUCGAGUUGGGUCGAGCUAUUUCUUGUGUCGCUAGUGCUCAGAUGCUUGGAGACCUAUCGCAAUGAUUAUGGCCGAGCCUCAACACACCUGCGAGGCGCGAUUGGCAUAAUCCAAGCAAAUGAAUCAGCAAACGCAAGUCAAUCACUUGAUCCUUGCGUACUGCAGAUCAUCAAUCGCUUUAAGGCGAAGACCAACAGUCGUUCAAAGACUUUGUCACAUUCCCCAAUGUCAGGAUUUGCUAAGUUCAAUUCAAUUAUCGAUGGCGUGUGCAGACAUUUGGAUCAGGCGGCUGAAACGGGCUUUCGAGGAACUGCUCAGGGUAUCCUGGUCGAACAGUGCGUCAUGGAGCUUGACUCUUCCUUUCCAGACAUGAGAGUCGACGAAAUUCCCUCAAACCAGACUUCGUCAUUGAUAUACCUGCGGAUCCAAUUCCAAAUAUGUCGCCUUGUUCUUCUCAAUCUAGGACACUCAGACACGCUCUCCAAACCUGAGUCGUACAAAGCACUACAAGAUAUUCUCGAUUUAUGUGUUCAAUUCAGUAAUCUGGGCCUAAAUGACGUUGCCACAGUGUCAUCACAAGGUCAACGAGUACGGCUAGGAUUUGGUAUCGAAUUCAUCUCCGAUGUACUUUUCGUGGCCACAGUAUGCGGUAGUAUACAGAUUCGAAGGUCAGCUAUCUCAUUAUUACGUUCGUGUUAUCGACAAGAGUGGUUAUGGGAUAGCUUUCAGGCAGCACAAAUCGCAGAAUGGCUGUUAAGUCAAGAAGUUGAUAACAUCGGCCCAGAAACAGGUUCAUCUGCUGUGCGGCCCUCCAUAACGUCUGCUGGGUUCUAUCAAGAAGGAGGAGACAGGUACUCCUCAUUUCAGAGACCUUCCUGGGUUCGUCUCAACUUGAGUUGGCCUGAGAGAGACACCAAGCAUUGGCUAAUGUUGGAUCGCCCCUCGCAGAGGGCUCAGGCUCGAGCUCAAAUUGCCAAACCGAAAGAACUCCUUCUCUGCUACAAUCUGCAAGGCCCAUUCUGGCCUUCGACUGCAUUGGCUCUGACCAAGUCGUAUAAUAGGUUGCAAACCCAAUAUCAAAGCGAGGCUACUGUUCCGAGCAAAUCAUCUUGA